AUGACCUCAGAAACGGCAAAAAUCAAAUCCAGGCUCCUUGCUCUCACAUCUGCCUUCGACGACCUUGAAUCUCAGCUUGAACCACUCUUCGCGCAAACCCUCCCAGAGACCCUUGUCGGCCUGGAGCCCAUCCAGCAGGCAAAGCUGCAGACCGCACUGCCGUAUGUCAUCUACGAUCUUAUUUUCAUCUAUCUGAAAACGCGAGGAAUAGACCCACGGACGCACUCUGUCAUCGGUGAACUCGACAGAAUCAAGCAAUACUUCGACAAGAUCCAAAAGGCUGAAAAUCCGCCAGCUAAACGCACAGAUAUCGACAAAGAUGCCGCGGCGCGCUUCAUUAAGCAUGCUAUUGCCCAGACCCAAUGGAAGAAGACCGCCGCGGAGGAAGCUCAAGAAGACGAUGUCAAUAACGCGUCUACGUCUACAUCAACCUCUCUAAAGCCUGCGAUUGCAGCCAAAGUAACAAGCAAGAUGCUCGAAAGGAAACAGUACGAGGAGGAGCUCAAGGCUCAGGAUGAAAAGGACGAAGAAGAGGACGUUCUGGAGGUGUACGAGGAAAACGAUGAUGCUAUGAACGUAGACGAUGAACCUAGUCCUUCGAAGUCUACGAAAUCAAAAUUAAAGGAAAGGAAAGGAAAGGGAAAAGAGAAGGUCGGUCAAGUCGGCUCUCUGUCAGCACCUGCAGGCGAGUCAGAGCCAAGUUCGAAGAAGAGGAGAAGGCCCGCAGUCGAUCCUUUUGCUGGUUACAGCGACACAGCAACCACCUGGAACCCUGCCACGCCAGAUUCAGAUCCAAGCCCUGCUAGAAAGAAAAAGUCUAAAACUUCCAGACCUUCCACAGAAUCAAGGACGACACCCAAGCCCGACACCGAGGCAGACCCUUCCUCGGAGAAGAAAUCCAAAAAGUCAAAAAAGAAGACCAAAAACCUAUCAUAA